AUGGGCGCCUAUCUCUAUGGGCGCAUAUCUCUAUGGGCGCCUAUCUCUACGGGCGCUUAUCUCUAUGGGCGCCUAUCUCUAGGGGCGCCUAUCUCUAGUGGCGCCUAUCUCUAUGGGCGCCUAUCUCUAGGGGCGCCUAUCUCUAUGGGCGCCUAUCUCUAUGGGCGCCUAUCUCUAUGGGCGCCUAUCUCUAUGGGGGCGCCUAUCUCUAUGGGCGCCUAUCUCUUUGGGCGCCUAUCUCUAUGGGCGCCUAUCUCUAUGGGCGCCUAUCUCUAUGGGCGCCUUUCUCUAUGGGCGCCUAUCUCUAGGGGCGCCUAUCUCUAUGGGCGCCUAUCUUUAGCGGCGCCUAUCUCUAGGGGCGCCUAUCUCUAG